UAAAGGAUAUAUUUUAUCAUUUCGCCUGGUCGAAAAUCCAUGUAAUAAAACACGGAACAAAUUAGGUCUCGUUUCAUCUUAGCAAAUAGAAUCCUAAUUAGACAGUCCGCGAAUUGGAUAUUUAUAAGGACGCAGUUGUUGUUUUUCAACUGUUCAAAUUGCUCAUUGUUAUUGAGGCUUUACAAACGUCUCGCGAAAGUGAGCAGGCAAAAGUCGGCGAGCUUCGGUCAUCAUGGUUGUGUUCACUGAGUCUUGUUUACCUUUUUCAGAAUGGCUACAGUGUGGCCAGAUUUCCUACACAGAGUUCAUCGGUAUCACGUUAAUAAAUGGACUCACAUUCGUCCCUGCGAUACUUCUGAACGCUUUGGUUCUCGCCGCAAUAUGGAAAACUUCGACAUUACACACCCCAGCAAUGAUUUUGCUCUCAAAUCUCGCUUUGUCGGAUCUUUGUGUGGGCUUACUAGCUCAACCUCUGCUAUUCAGUUCGAUUACGCUAGAACUUAACGCAUAUCACCUGCCAGACAUAUACUGUACAGUUUCUAUUGCCUUUGGGGUUAUUUCCUCGUUUGUUGGGGUUGUAUCGUUGGUGAGCAUUACCGCAGUCGCUGUCGAUAGAUUCCUCGCCAUCUAUCUUCAUUUAAGGUACCCUAGUGUUGUAACUAUGAAGAGAGCUUUCGUCGUGUGUGUCGCAUUCUGGGUAUUUUCUUCACUUCUUUCUGUCGUCUGGAUUGUCUUAGGUAUGGACACGUAUAACGUCAGUUUUUGUGUUGUGAUGGGCAUCUGCAAAUGCGCUAUAUUUACAAGUUAUAUUCAAGUCUAUGGAGUCAUUAAGAAACAUAAGUUACAGAUACGCGCUAUGGCGCCAACUGUUUCGACAGAACUGGAGAUCAUCACCUCACCGCGAAACAUCAAGCGAUACGCAAAGUCGGUUACAAGCUCUCUGUAUGUGUACUUUGCGUUUGUUGUCUGUUAUGCACCGUGCUUCUGCGCGUUCGCCUACUUUGGAAUAACAGCAGACAAUUGUCACUCGCCGUCCUUUAUCAAAGUCUCUAUGACACUUAUGUUUGCCAACUCUGCGAUUAAUCCGGUGAUUUAUUACUGGAGAAUGACCGAACUCAGAGUAGCAGUGCGGCGAACAAUGCUAAGAUCAGGAAGAGCUACUGAUUUAUCAGGAACGGGGAAUGGAAGGUGCAGGCGAGAAGCUGAGCACGAGGUGAAUUGAUAGGGAGAAUGAUAAAUGAAAAGUGGGCCUAUUGCAUAUUUGCAACUGUUCACAUAAACAGAUCAAACUUUCUCGAGUUAGAACGUUAAGUAUAAGCCUGUCUCCAUCCUGUUGAUUGAGGCGACAGUAUUCAGCGUUCUCUUUUUCUCGUAAAGAGGUCAGAGUUCUUCCUGGAUCCGUGCAUGAAUCAAUAUGCAUGCGCAGCAAGUUAGGGUAGAACAAAAAAUGUUUAAAGGUUAGCUCAAAUAAGGCAAACUGAGGCGAAGUGUUUAUGAAAUUAGGUUAGGCAAAGAAAGCGAGAGUGAUGAGAUGAGAUUGUUUUCGUUGUUUAGUAAAGGUUGUUUGGUAAGAUGAGGUGAAGUAAGGUAAGGAAAGGGGAGAUGGCAUUAGAGGUACUGUAAAGUAAGGUGUGGUUUAAUUUAAGGCGAGGCUAGGCGAGGUGAGGUGGCAUUUAAGUUAGGUGAUGCGGGGUGAGGGGUGAUAACAGAAUAGGAAAGAUAAAAUCAACCUGUAUUGGUGACACUACCCAGCUAGCUUGAUCGCACGACACAAAGGAAACGUUGGCGCCUUUCUUCUCAGCAUCUCCCAACACAGUGUACAAACAGCGCCAACAUUUCUCGUCCUGCUAGGUGAUUAAGCAAGCAAUACUGGAGCUGUUGCUGCUGGAUUUAGUAGGUCUUCGUUAAAGUUGAGUAUGAAAUGAUCUUGAAAAAUACUUACCAGCAGUAAAGUCGUCAAGUAACUGAAGCGUUACAGAUGCAACAGUCUCUGUCUGUCCAUAUCCUUCUUGUACCUAAAUGUAACACUUGAAUUAAUACAAUGCGUUCGCAUAGCGGAAUGGGAACCUAUAAGAAGAUUAAAACACUUGAAUAUUUAUAAAACAUAUUUGGCGUGGUGCUACGCUUUCUUGCAAGAUAGCAAUAAUUUGGCGGGAAACCCUUCAAUGAACGAAUAGUUGCCGACCUUUUUUACCGAUAGAGAGAAGGCUUCAUAUAAGAGACCAGUACUGUAGCCGUUAUAUGAUAAGAAUGCAAGAAGGUAAUACUAUCAAGAUUUCAAUAACAGUCUGAUUAUUUUGCUGUUACGAGUUAAAAAGGAGCAUUCAAUGAUUA